CGUGUAUUGCGUAGAUGUCAGAUGACAGCAAAAAAAGAAAUUUGUGUUUACAUUCGAAUGCAACUCCAAUAUUAACUCGCAAAAUGACCGAAAAUUUGCAAAACUGUCUGACAUGUCGUAGAAAAACGGAGAAUUUCCUUCGAAUACUGGAUGAUAACAAUGUGGAAAAUGUUGAAGAUAUUCUGACCAAACACUUUUGGUUUAAGACUAGUGAAUAUGAGCAAAGAGUCAUUUGCACUAGCUGCUGGGAAAAAAUUGAUGAAUUUCACAAGUUUUAUUGUGAAGUUCAAGAACGUUGGAGCGGGAAGUCUGAGUUGUUAGAUGCUGUUGUCAAGACUGAACAAUUGUUUGAUGAAGAUGAACCACAAAGCGAGUUAUUUACGUGUGCACUUAUCAAAGUGGAAAAUGAGAACAAAUUGCAACCGGUUAUUUUCACUAGCGAUGAGGAAGAUUCCGAGGAAAAUUAUAUUGAAAUGAACGUUACGGAUAAUGAUGAUGAUUAUGUACCCGACGCUAUCGACUCCGAGGUUAAGCAGGAAGGUGAAUCAUCAGAAAAUUCGACCGAAGAAUCAUCUAUGCCAAUUGGGAAGCGACGAAAAAUUACUCAAAAAUCAUCUUCCAGCCAAAAGGAAUCGAUCCCGAGGAAACGACAUCCUAGUUCACGAAAAGGCAUGAAUCUUAAGCAAAAUUCAUUGGUUGCAAAAUAUGUUGAACUGGUGUGUGAUAUUUGUAAACACAGAUCAGAAACGUUUUCCCGGUUAUUGCUACACUAUCGUCGAAUACAUCAGAUUCAAGGAUACGUAACCUGUUGUGAUAGGGUAUUCCAAAAAAAGUUGUCAUUAUUUGAGCAUUUGCAUCGGCACGAGUCCGGUACUGGUGAAAUCAGCGAAUCGCAAUUUCGCUGCGAUCUAUGUGAUGCAGCAAAAACGUUCAAGGACGAAGAAGGUUUACAGUUACAUACGGUAAUAUAUCACUCUAAGCAGGACAAGAUUUACAAAUGUGAUCAGUGUGAUAAGGCUUUUGGCAGCGAAUGGCAUCUAUCAGGUCACAAAAACUGGCAUCAGAAUGUAGCCAGUUUGAAUAUCCACUGUGAUAAAUGCAAUAAAUAUUUCAAUUCGAUUCGUACACUCAAUACGCACAUACGGGCACAUCAUAACGAAGCAACGACUGCUUUGGCAACUUCGGUCAAUUUAGUUAAUACAACCAACAUCACUACGGAAUCAACACUACCAGAAACCAUUAUAGCAAAUGAUCAGCAGGAUAGGACAGCAGAAUACAUUUUGGCACACACACCAAAUGAGACCUCUGUCGAAUCAGGCGUACCUUCCGGACCUCCCAAGAAGGUGUUGAAAUCUGCUGAAGAUGUCGCCAAAGAAGAUGAACUGAUUCGAAGGUUUUGUACACUUAUUUGUGAAAAGUGUGAUUAUGCCGGCAGAAAUUAUUAUCAACUUGAUAAACACUACAAAACAGAUCACAAUAUGCGUGGUUAUGCGAUUUGCUGUGGGCGUAAAUUUUGUAAGAAACGACGUCUCUAUGAGCAUUGCCAGCGGCACAUCAAUCCGGACAUGUUUCGCUGCGAGAUAUGCAACAAAUCGUUUACCGAAAGCGAUGGAUUGGAAAAGCACAAUAAAUGGGUUCACACCCCCGACUCGGAAAAGCCCUUCAAGUGUGAAAUUUGCGAUGCAGCUUUUUACAAGGAUUAUCUACUGCGAAAUCACAUGAAGUAUCAUAUAUCGAUGGAGCAGAAAAUAUUCAAAUGCAAGGAAUGUGAUAAAUCCUUUGGUACAGCCGUUCUACUGCGGGCACAUCAGCAAAACAUUCAUGGAGCGGCUUCCAGCUGGGUUUGUGAUAUUUGUGCCAAAGGAUUCGUACAUAAGUCGUUGUUGGAAAGGCACCGACUUUCCCACUCACCGGAGGGUGCGGCUAGUUUGAAAAAGCAAUGCGAAAAUUGCAAGAAGUGGUUGAAAAACAAAGACACCUACCAAAAUCAUCUGAAACGGUGUCUUGCUGGAGGUCCAGUGACAUGUGAUGUUUGUGGCAAAGAGGCAGUAAACGAGCUAGCACUGGCAAGUCAUAAGCGGUUCAAUCACGAGGAACGACCGGCAUUCGCUUGCAGCUAUUGUGGAAAACAAUUUAAGCGGAUUCUUCGGUUGAAAGAACACGAGGCGAACCAUCGCGGUGAGGUGCUGUAUUCGUGCCCGUACUGCCCCCGAACGUGUAAUUCUAGUUCCAACAUGUACACCCACAAGAAGGUAGCCCAUCCAGAACUUUGGGCUGCCAAAGUGGCAGAACGGUUCUACAAGCAGUAAGGAAACGAUAAAUUCUUCUCAAUAUAGAAGUUUUAAAUUAUUUUAAA